CGUCCUGGCAAUUUAUAUUUCCCCACGUAGAAGACAACGGGCUUUAAACGAAGUCCUUAAUUACGAUUUUCCCUACUGAUGCAGACUUCAUGCUAUUAACAGAGAUUAACUACUCAGCCCUUCUUCUUUGCAAUUGCAAGGAGUUAAGUUCAUGAAGGAAGAAAUUAUUUUAUUUCACGAGGGGGACUGCUUUUGUGAUAAAUUAUUCAGUCGUGUACAGAGGGAGGGUCAAUCCCAGACUCUGGGCAUAAUGGUUCGGAGGCAGAUUGAACUCCACCAGUGCUCUCGAGUUCAUGAAGGUCAACAGUUUAAAAUCAAAACCUGUUAGAAUCUGAUAACUCUCAGUCCACGAGCCUCCGGGUAAUCAACUUGCUCCCCAGUUUUUCGACGUGCUGAGAAACAGAAAGUCGAGAAGUGUGAAGAUCUCUGCGCUGGACAGCGAUUGGACUAGCGGGACUGCAAAAGCCAAGCCUGGUCGUUGCAGGAUGGAGGAACCGUCCGGUCUCGGUGUGCUCUCGCUGUUGUACUGCUGCUUUGCCUUGACUCCACAGGUUAACACUGCUGAUGUAAUUACCAAGGCAGAACAAGUCAAUCAAGUUAUUGAAGAAAAUAUAAAGUGUGAUCGUCAAAUAUUGAAUCAAACUGAAGGAGAUGGAUCUUGCUCUCCAGAGUGGGAUGGGUUAACAUGUUGGCCAAAAGGUGUCCCAGGAAAGUUGACGGCAGUUCCUUGCCCGAGCUACUUGCAUGACCUUAAUCAUGAUGGGUUUGCCUAUCGACACUGUGAAGAUGAUGGGAAGUGGAAGUUAGUGGAAAGCCAAAACCAAACAUGGACAAAUUAUUCAGAGUGCUUCAUACAAACCUUCAACUUGCAAAAACAACAGGAAAUUUUUGAGCGAUUGUCGGUGAUGUAUACCUUCGGAUAUGCCAUUUCACUCAGCUCACUGACAGUAGCGUUUAUGAUCAUGGGAUACUUCAAAAGACUCCAUUGCACCAGGAAUUAUAUCCACAUGCACCUGUUUGCCUCCUUCAUACUCAGAGCCAUCAGCGUUUUUAUCAAAGACCGUGUUUUAUUCUCAGAUCUUGGAGAAACUUAUGACUCUCCCGUGGACGAAGUAAAAGCCAUGACUAUUGUUGCUACAACAGACAAGUACUAUACUGUGAGGUGCAAGAUUGUUGUCGUGUUGUUUAUCUACUUCUUAUCUACGAACUACUUCUGGAUACUAGCAGAGGGUCUAUACUUGCAUUGCCUCAUACUGAUGGCCUUUUUGUCUGACAGAAAAUACCUGUGGGGUUUCACCUUCAUUGGAUGGGGAGUUCCAUCCAUUUUUGUUGUGUCUUGGGCCAUUGUGAGAGCAAUCGUAGCUGAUGUAAGAUGUUGGGACUUAAACGUGGAGAACUUUAAGUGGAUUUAUCAAGCACCAAUUGUUAUAACUAUUGUGAUAAACUUCAUUCUCUUUGUCAAUAUUGUUCGGGUUCUGGCGACUAAACUCCGAGAGACCAAUGCUGGGCGAUAUGAUGCAAAGAAGCAGUACAGAAAAUUAGCAAGAUCUACUCUGAUUCUCGUGUUGGUCUUUGGAGUCCAUUACUCUGUGUUUGUUGGUGUGCCACACACCUUCAGUGGAAUCACAUGGGAAAUCAGGAUGCACUUUGAGCUUUUCUUCAACUCCUUUCAGGGAUUUUUUGUCUCCCUCAUUUACUGUUUCUGUGCUACGGAGGUUCAGACAGAAAUUAAAAAGUUAUGGACGAAGUGGAACCUCUCCUUGGACUGGAACGGGAAAACAAGUUGUGCUACCAACAGAUAUUCCUCAGCGCUAACCAACCUGACCAAUAGCACUGCCAGCCAGGACCAGGUGACUGGGCACAUGUCAUUGUUAACUUACAAAUUCUUUAAGAAUGAAACUAAGCAGGAGAAUAGUCAGUUAACUUUACCUGGGUACAUAGGAAGCAGUUCUGACCCAGAGAGCAUGCAAGCAUCUACUCUUGAAGAAGCCAAUGAAAUCGAAAGAAAACAAGAAGAUCUACUUUACCCUAAAACAUUGUCAAAGCCAGCACAAAAAGCAAACAAUGAUAAAACACAGGAUUAGAAUGAGAUGAACAUUUGCUCUGUCAAAAUUAUUGUCCAAGAACUAGAGUUCCACAUAAAUUUCAGCAUGACUAUUUAUUCAUGUAGUACAAUACAGCUCUGAUAAGACAAUUGGUUACUGUACCUAAUUGGUUCAAAUUUCAUGUAAUUAGUAUUUACCAUGCUGCGUCUUAUUCUGGUUUAUGACUUGUGUCUUUCUUGUCCCAUUUAUUCCCUCAACAGAUUUUAAAACAAAAAUACAGCUUUAAUUCUAUGUUUUUACAAAAAAUGCUGCUGAAUCCUGUUGGAAGUACAAAUGUAACUAUUGUUUCUUAAUAAAUAUUGUUUUGCUCCAUUACUUCAUAGGAAGCAAAGGAUUUAAAUGACUAUCUGUGAUUUGAGCUUCCACCUACAAGUCAUUUCAACUGCCCUUCCCAUUGCCACACUGAACUACCUGUCGUCAGCUUUCUCCACUGCCAGGGUGAGGGCAAACUAGAAGAACAAUAUCUUAACCCAAUGGCAUAAACACCGAAUUUUCCAUUUUUCAUUAGACCAUAUGAACAGAAGCAGGCCCUUCAGCCCAUCUAGUCAAUGCCGCAAACCAUUUAAACUGCUAAUCCCAUCAGCUGCACCGGAACCGUGGCCCUCCAUACCCUACCAUGCAUGUACCUAUCCAAACUUCUCAUAAACUUUGAAAAUGAGCUCCCAUGAACCAGUUGUGUUGGCAGCUCAUCCCACACUCUCACAACCCUCUGAGUGAAGAAAUUCCCCUCAAACUUCUCACCUUUCACCUCUGGCUGUAGUCCCAUCCAACCGCAGUGGAUAAAGCCUGCCUGCAUUAAACCUAUCUAUAGCCCUCAUAAUUUGGUAUAUUGCUAUCUAAUCACCUUGCAAUCUUCUAUGUUCUGAGGAACACAGUCGUAACCUAUUCAAUCUUUCCUUAUAGCUCAGGUCCUCUGGACCCAACAUCAUCCUUGUAAAUUUUGUCUGCACUAUUUCAAUCUUAUUUACAUCUUUCCUGUAGGUAAUUGACUAAAACUGCACACAAUACUCCAAAUUAGGCCUUACCAAUACAACCUCAGCAUAACAUCCCUUCUCCUGUACUUAAUAUAACCAUAUAACAAUUACAGCACGGAAACAGGCCAUCUCGGCCCUUCUAGUCCGUGACGAAAUCUUACUCUCACCUAGUCCCACCAACCUGCACUCAGCCUAUAACCCUCCAUUCCUUUCCUGUCCAUAUAUCUAUCCAAUUUAACUUUAAAUGACUACAUUGAACCUGCCUUUACCACUUCUGCUGGAAGCUCGUUCCACACAGCUACCACUCUCUGAGUAAAGAAGUUCCCCCUCAUGUUACCCCUAAACUUUUGCCCUUUAACUCUCAACUGAUGUCCUCUUGUUUGAAUCUCCCCCACUCUCAAUGGAAAAAGCCUAACCACGUCAACUCUAUCAAUCCCUCUCAUAAUUUUAAACACCUCUAUCAAGCCACCCCUCAACCUUUUACGCUCCAAAGAAUAAAGACCUAACUUGUUCAACCUAAAUAGAUUGGUUUAUGAAGGCCAAUGUGCCAAAAGCUUUCAUUAGGACCCAUCUACCUCUGACGCCACUUUACUGCUAUCACUCGUUUUCAGUCUCAGUCCAGAAAUAUUGACCGCCCCCUUUUCUCCACAGAUACUGCAUAGCCCACUGAGUUCUUCCAGCAGUUUGCUGAUUUGCAAACAAGGGAAGAGCUGAAAAUAAUAGGGUAGGGGCCAGGAACAAAAGACUGAAUCUCACAAAAAAUGGUGAUACCCAAUGGUGCUGCAAGGAUUAAUAGCUUGGAUUUAGUGACCACAGGCUGUCCACAGCUUAAGAGCAACUGAUUUAUUCUAUGAACAUCAGAACUGUUUUCUCUCUCACACACUCACACUCUCACACUCACUCUCACACUCUCACUCUCACACACUCUCACUCUCUCACCCUUUCACACUCUCACUCUCACACUCUCUCACUCUCACACUCUCUCACACUCACUCUCACACUUUCACUCUCACACAUUCUCACUCUCACACUGUCUCACUCUCACACUCUCUCACACUCACACUCUCACACACUCUCACUCUCUCACUCUCACACUCUCUCACUCUCACACUCUCUCAUCCUCUCACCCUCACACUCUCUCACUCUCUCACCCUCUCACUCUCUCAUCCUCUCAUCCUCUCACCCUCACACUCUCUCACUCUCUCACCCUCUCACUCUCACACCAUUCCUUAUGUGCUUUUGAUGUUACUGAUUACAAUACUGUGGAGGUAUAAUUACUGUAUAUAAUGAUUUGUACACACUGUAUUUUCUGACAUAAAUAACUGUAAAAACAACCCAUUUACAAUCUGGGGACAAUCUGUACUAUCAAACUAGCAUAUUCCAUGAUGGGGUUUGUAAUGUAGAUGUGAUUACGAUAAUGUCCAAAGCGGUUCUUCUCUCUGUGGAUGUGAUCAGCAGCCAGACUGAACAGAGUGUAACAGUGUGUCACCUUAAAGGAUAUCAGAGUGAAAAACUCUCAUUUGGAUAAGGGGGGAUCCAAACCCGAACAUGUAAGUUAGAAUAUUUAAUGCAAUUUACUGAAAGAAAAGAGUCAAAUAUAAGUCAACACUAUUAAUGUACUGCCAUAAAGCUGUCUCACCAUAACAGAAUUGAAAGCAGAAAACAUGUUGAGAAGGGAAGUAAUUUGGAACAGAUGGUCCUACUGAAUGUGAAUACUUGAUUGAUGAAAUACACUUAAUGUUAUAAAGUAGGUGAUUCCUGCUUUAAAAAGAAAUGUCAUUGCUUAUAUUGCAGUCGUUUAAAAACAAAAUGUGGUGUGGUUUUGUGCUUUGUAUCUUUA